GAGUUUUCAGGGCGACAGUGCUUCCCUGAAGUAUUCUUGUAUUUAGAUCUCUGUAUCUGCUUCUCUUCCUGCAAGGAAAAUAUUCCAGCCUUUGAGCAUUGCUUUGGCAGCAAAAGUAGUUUUCUGGUACAGUAGAAAAUGCAGGAAAUUGAACUUUUCAUUCAGAGUUCUCCUAAAAUCCAACCCUGGACAUUAAAAAUACAGUAAUGAAACCUAAAUUACCAUGCUGUGAACUUGGAUUUAAGUUUUCAAACUGAAAUUAAUGUCCCAGCUCAGUGUGAGGGCAAAAAAAAUUUUAUCAGUAAUAACUUCCUAAAGAAUAUCAUUACAGCUGAGUGACAGCUCACCAACCUUGUGACCUGGGAAUGGCCUCUCCAGGCAAAUUCCUGCCAUGCCCUGAGGAAGAUUUGGUUAUUUCCAUGAUGAGGUGACCUCAAAUUUAAAAAAUAAAUAGAUUAAAAUUACUGUUGUGUAAGUCUUUUACCAGAUUUAGAGUGGGGCACCUGGGUUUUAUCACCUCUCCCCAGAGGACCCCAAAUUUCCACAGCUAUGACAAUGAUUUGUAAAUCACUCUGAGUAAAGGGUACUCACUAAGUAAAGGGAAUCAAGAUGAGAGCAGUGGUUUGCACCUAAGCGCCCUCAGAAGAGGGUAUUUGAUUAUUGCCCACUAAAUUUAAUUUAAUGCAUUUUGCUAAACAAAUUCCUCCCCAUUACUUCAAUCCCUCCGAGCUCUAUUUAAAGACACUUCCCAGGAACAGCUGAGCCUGGAUUCCCUGCUCCCCUUCCUUUUCCCAGAUCCCUUUUCUCCCAAAAUGAAGCUCCCUGGGCUUUGGCUGUGCGUGAGCUUUGGCUGUGCUGCCUCCCUCAGCCCCUCGUGUCUAUCAGCUCAGUUCAGGAGGCCGGGGGAUUUUAUCCUGGGGGGUUUGUUCCCCUUUGGGAAGGACACCGUGAACCUGACGGCUCGCUCAGAGCCCACCCUGCUGCGCUGUGAGAGGUUAUUCAUGGAUGGGCUGAUCUGGGCUCUCGGGAUGAGGUUCGCCAUCGACCAGAUCAACAAUUCCAGCUCCCUCCUGCCAGGAAUAAGGCUGGGAUACGACAUGUAUGACACCUGCUUUGAGCCCCUGGUGACCCUGCAGCCCAGCCUGCUGUUCCUGACCCGGAAUGGCACCACAGGGAUCGGGAUUCUCUGCAACUACACUGAGUACCAGCCCCGCAUCACUGCCAUCAUUGGGCCCCACAAGUCAGAUCUCUGCCUGCUCACAGCCAAGCUCUUCAGCUCCUUCUUGAUCCCGCAGGUGAGCUACGGAGCCAGCAGUGAGACCCUGAGCAACACGGAGCUGUACCCGUCCUUCUACCGCACCGUCCCCAGCGACAAGAACCUGGUGGAAGCUGUGGUGAUGCUGCUCAACCGGUUUGGCUGGAACUGGAUUGCCACAGUGGGCAGCGACGAUGAGUACGGCCGGGGUGCCCAGGCUCUCUUCCUGAGCAUGGCUGGCAAUGACAACAUCUGCAUUGCCUUCGAGGGGUUCAUCCCCACAGACCUGGCUGAGCCCAACGCCAGAAAGCAGCUGGAAGACACCGUUAAAUUAAUUAACAGCACCAAAGUCAACGUGGUCGUGCUGUUUGCCUACAGCCUGCCUGCCCAGGCCCUACUGGAACACAGCAUCAGGAUGGGGCUGGGCAAGAAGGUCUGGAUUGGCACCGAGGCCUGGAUGCUGUCGGACGUCGCCGCCUACACGCCCAACAUCCAGAGCAUCGGGACAGUGCUGGGCUUUGUCUCGAGAACAGGGACAGUCCCUGGCUUCCGGGAGUACGUGGCUGAGCUCUUCAGCUCUGUUGAGCAAGAGAAAUUUUGCCAGCAGUCCCGGGAGCUGAGCCGCCUCAUGAACACUGAGGUGCUGGACACACACUGCCAGCAGUGUGACCAUGUCACCCUUGGGGACAUCUGGCCCCUGCUCAAGGUGACCAUGGUGCAGCCGGUGCACAUGGCUGUGUACAGCGUGGCCCACGCUCUGCACAGAGCCCUGGGCUGUACCUCUGAAGGCUGUCCCAAAACACCCAUCAGGUCCUGGCAGCUGCUGCACUUCAUGAACACCCUCCCGUUCGAGGUGAAUGGCCAGAGCUUCAGGUUUGAUCAAUCCCAUGGCACAAACACUGGGUAUAAACUCAUCUUCUGGGCCUGGAGGGAUGGCACCCUGACCUACCUGCCCGUGGGGGACUAUGACCAGUCCCUGUACAUCCAGAAGUCCCAGAUCCAGUUCCACACUGCAGAUAAGAAGGAGCCCACGUCUGAGUGCUUCAGACGCUGCCAACCAGGACAAUUCAGAAGAAUAAAAGGAUUCAAUCUCUGCUGCUAUGACUGUACAGACUGUUCAGAAAACACCUUCUGGAGCAGUACAGACAGCACCAGCUGCUCCCCAUGCCCACAGCACCAGUGGGCCCCGGCCCGCAGCACGCGGUGCCACGAGCGCACCGAGAGGUUCCUCUUCUGGGACGAGCCCAUGGCCGUGGCCUUGAUGACACUGAUGGCCCUGACGGCGGCCCUGAGCUGCUUGACAGCGCUGCUGUUCCUCAAACACCUGCAGACCCCCCUGGUGCAGGUGGCAGGGGGUGGCAGGAACCUCUUUGCCCUGCUCUGGCUGCUGCUGCAGAGCCUCAGCUGCUGCCUGUACGUGGGCAGGCCCAGCGCCGGGCUGUGCGCGGUGCAGCAGCUCUCCUACGCCCUGUGUCUCAACGGCUGCUUCUCCACCUUCGUCCCCAAGGCCCUGGAGAUCAGCCUGCUGACAGAAUUCCCCCGCUGCGCUCCCAGGCUGCUGCGCUGGGUGACCCACGGCAGGGCCUGGCUGCUGGUGGCCGCGUCCCUCCUCACCCAGGCGCUGCUCUGCUUCUGCCACCUCCGCCUAGGCCCCGAUUACUUGGUGGCCGACUACAAAUCCCUGCCCAGCGAGGUGGUGCUGGUGUGUGGCACCCAGUCCUGGGCUGCCUUUGCCCUCCUGCACGGCUACAACAGCUGCCUGGCCUUCGCCUGCUUCCUGUGCACCUUCAUGGUGCAAACCCCGGCCAGGAGGUACAACGUGGCCAGGGGCAUCACUUUUGCCACCCUCAUUUAUUUCAUCAUCUGGAUCUUCUUUGUGGUGGUUUUUGCCACGCUGAGGACAGUCCUCAGGGCUGUCACACAGAUUUGCACCAUCCAGGCCACCACCCUGGGGAUCUUGGCCAGCUACUUCGUGCCCAAAUGCUUCAUCAUGGUGUUCAGGCCUGAUCUGAACACAGGGGAUUAUUGCCAGAACCCCGCUGAGGAGGAGCCAGAAGAGGACUCGGUGAACAGACAAUAA